AUGAUGAAAUGGGAUACCAGAAAGAACCGGACAUACUAUGUGAAUGUGGCGAAGACCAAUCAGAUGACCACUUAUUACAGUGCACACUAUCCCCGCCAAGAUGACUUGGCUUUAGCCAAAGAAAAAGCAAUAGCAAUGGCCACUCACUGCUUUUUAGAAAUGUCGAUAGAAAAUCCAUAUAGAGUGGUUGCAGGAUUUAUCAACACGAGAUUUCAUCAAUCGAUUAAAAGUCAGAUAAGUUUAGGAAUAGAAGCUGUGUUCCAUCCAAAUCCAUUGGUUACAUUUGUGUUAAUCAAAGUGAUUCCCGAGUUCCAGCGCACAUUAUUCGUCGACUACCAACAGUUAAAAUACAAUGAAAACGAACCAGUAAACGACGACUGCGACUCCAUGUACUGGUCGCUGUUCGGAAAUGAAAUGAGCGGUGAGAACUUUGACUACGUGUACAUGUUGAUUAACCAGAACCCGUGUCCGUACGGACGCUGUCACUAUUCGAACAAAACCGAGUGUUCAGUGUUCGAUUCGUUCGAGAAAAACGCGAUAUCUGCGACGAUUUUAUGCAAUGAUCAUUUGAUGAGUUUUGCUGAAUUUGGAUAUGGAAAAGACAACGGAUCCGUGCACUAUCACAAAAUCACCAACGAGAUAAUUAUAUGGUUAAAACAACACAUACAUAGUUUAUAGCAGAUGUGUUUUUCAAUAUAAUAUAAUAAAUAAUGAUACUUGUCUGUAAAAAAAUUUAACCUCACC